AUGCACUUCCAUCCCGUGAUCUUUUUGUUGGCUUCGGGAACUAUGAUGAUCAGCGGAAGAGUAGUCCCUCAUAAAUCGUCGGAGGUGGACUCGGAGCUGAACCCUCGAGCCACUAUACUAAACGGACCUACUUGUCAAGGAGGUAGUUUGAACGCACAUGAUUGUAAUGUUGCUUUGCUCGGUUUAGGUGGAGGGAUAGCAGGUCCAAUAGAAUUUCUGCGAGUGGACGCAACUACCAAUUCAUCAACUUCAGGGGGAUGUACCAUGACGGUGACUACUACCAACGGAGGUACGGCUAUUGAUAUUUCAAAGGGUAGACUUGAACAAGGUCAAAAGGCUGCUAUUUCCACUUGCGGUCAACAAGCAUGGACCGUGACUGUUCAAGGUGGUGCGGUCAAUGGAGAUCUCAUCAUCCAACAAUCUGCUUCUGCUUAG